GAGACAGUGACAUCCAACCGAGCGCUUGUCCUCUUUACGCAGAACUGACAUCGAAAACACCCGCAAGAAUAUGUAGUCUUCAACGCUGCCGAGCCCACUCACCAACCGUAGAUUCAAACAAUCUCUCGCUUUGUGUUUUUUAACAGUCGACUGACGCUCAAAGAAAGUGAAAUCGAUCGAUCGAAUCCUCCGCCUGCUGAUCGACAGAAUCCCUGAAUGGAAGACGGCUAGAGAGGUCGCCUCGCCGAGAACAGUCUGCUAACAUUUUCACUGUCGCUGUGUUUACCAUUACCCGACAAAGCAUUGGCAGCCUCGACGGCUGCACACGACGCCGUCUUCGCCAUGGCUUUUGGCGUGAAAGAGCCAGAAAACCCCUCCGACUAAGAAGCGGUUCACAUUCGUCAAUAUUGCGGAUUUAAAUGCCUCUCUCCAAGGGCCACCGACCCGCUUUUUUGGAUAGGUUCGCGUGUGGGGUGUCUCACGCUGUUACGAAUAAACAAUUCAUAGGCUGCUAAAAUACUGAAAGAGACUCCAUCGGGUGGGUGAACAUAAUCUACAGCGAAGAGGGGGAUUUUUUUUUUUCAAGCAAUAUGGCUGGUGAGUGGGGCUGGGGACGCUGGCACAGGCUCUCCAAGGCUCCUAAAUGCUAGCUGAGGCAGGUGGCUCCGUUCCCCAUGGAAGCGACAGCUAUAUGAGGAGAAGCAAUAUCAAUAAUAAUAUAAAUCAGGACUCUUCAAUCUUAAUAUCCAAGAUGGAAGACGUUGUCAUCCCGUUCUCGUCUGAGGUGCCCUGCGACAAUAAUGGGCAGCGUAUGUGGUGGGCAUUCCUCGCCUCCUCCAUGGUGACGUUUUUUGGGGGUCUCUUCAUCAUCCUGCUGUGGAGGACAAUGCAAUAUAUGUGGACGGUUUGUUGCCACUGCAACGUCAAACCGAAGGAGGUGAAGGUGAUCCAGCCCGUAGCCACAGACAAACCGAAGGGUGAAGGUGUGAAGGAGGAGGUCCCCAUGAGCGAAGUGGGAUGGAUGACUUCAGUCAAAGACUGGGCCGGUGUCAUGAUCUCCGCUCAGACGCUCACUGGCAGAGUUCUGGUGGUGUUGGUCUUUGCGCUCAGCAUUGGGGCCCUCGGAAUAUACUUCAUAGACUCAUCAGAUCCGAUAGAAUCCUGCCAGAAUUUCUGGAAAGAUUUCACGUUACAGAUCGAUAUGGCCUUCAAUGUCUUCUUCCUACUUUACUUUGGACUGCGCUUUAUAGCGGCCAAUGAUAAACUAUGGUUCUGGCUGGAGGUCAACUCAGUGGUAGACUUCUUUACUGUUCCUCCCGUGUUUGUUUCUGUCUACUUGAACAGAAGCUGGCUCGGCUUAAGAUUUCUAAGAGCACUACGAUUGAUACAGUUUUCGGAAAUACUUCAGUUUUUGAACAUCUUGAAAACAAGCAAUUCCAUCAAGCUGGUAAACCUGUGUUCCAUCUUCAUCAGCACAUGGCUCACAGCGGCAGGAUUCAUACAUUUGGUUGAAAACUCAGGGGAUCCCUGGGAAAACUUCCAGAAUUCUCAAGUACUUUCCUAUUGGGAAUGUGUCUAUUUGCUGAUGGUGACGAUGUCUACAGUGGGCUAUGGGGACGUCUAUGCAAAAACCACCUUGGGGCGCCUGUUUAUGGUCUUCUUCAUCCUGGGUGGUUUGGCCAUGUUUGCCAGCUACGUCCCUGAAAUCAUAGAGUUAAUAGGAAACCGAAAGAAAUAUGGUGGUUCCUAUAGUGCGGUUAAUGGGAGAAAGCAUAUUGUGGUCUGUGGUCAUAUUACCCUCGAAAGUGUCUCCAACUUCCUCAAAGACUUCCUACACAAGGACAGGGAUGAUGUCAAUGUUGAAAUUGUUUUUCUCCAUAAUAUUUCCCCUAAUCUUGAGCUGGAAGCCUUAUUCAAACGACAUUUUACGCAAGUAGAAUUCUACCAAGGAUCUGUUCUCAACCCUCACGACCUCGCCAGAGUGAAGAUCGAGUCAGCAGAUGCCUGCUUAAUCCUAGCCAAUAAAUACUGUGCAGAUCCUGAUGCUGAAGAUGCCUCCAACAUCAUGAGGGUUAUUUCGAUCAAGAACUACCAUCCCAAGAUCAGAAUAAUCACACAAAUGCUACAGUAUCACAAUAAGGCCCAUCUGCUUAACAUUCCGAGCUGGAACUGGAGAGAGGGUGACGAUGCGAUCUGCCUGGCGGAGCUGAAGGCAGGCUUCAUAGCCCAGAGCUGUCUGGCCCAGGGCCUGUCCACCAUGCUCGCCAACCUCUUCUCUAUGAGGUCCUUCAUUGAGAUUGAGGAGGACACAUGGCAGAAGUAUUACCUAGAAGGGGUGGCUAAUGAGAUGUACACCGAGUAUUUGUCCAGUGCCUUUGUCGGCCUCACCUUCCCAACUAUCUGUGAGCUGUGUUACGUGAAGCUGAAGCUGUUGCUUAUUGCCAUCGAAUACAAGUCGGAGCAGAGAGAGAGCAGCAUCCUCAUUAACCCGGGAAACAAUGUGAAGAUGCAGGAGGGAACUCUUGGGUUCUUUAUUGCCAGUGAUGCCAAAGAAGUGAAGAGGGCAUUUUUCUACUGCAAAGCUUGUCAUGACGACAUCACAGACCCUAAGCGGAUAAAGAAAUGUGGCUGCAAACGACUGAUUUAUUCCAAAUAUAAGUAUAAUGGAUAUGUCAGAUCACCAGCAGAUGGCGCUACAACACCAGGGAACAGUGGAAGUCAAAAAGAGGCUGGCGUUCGAUUCAAAGCUGAUUGCAAUUUAGUCGAAGACGAGCAUCCAUCAACUCUCUCGCCCAAAAAAAAGCAGCGCAAUGGAGGGAUGCGAAACUCACCCAACAACUCGCCCAAAAUGAUGAGUCGACACGACCCCCUUCUUAUUCCUGGAAAUGAACAAAUCGAGAGCAUGGACAUGAACGUGAAGAGGUAUGACUCGACAGGGAUGUUUCACUGGUGCCCGUCAAAGGAGAUCGAAAAAGUCAUCCUGACCCGGAGUGAAGCCUCCAUGACAGUACUGAGCGGCCAUGUGGUGGUCUGUAUAUUUGGGGAUGUCACGUCCGCUUUGGUGGGGCUGCGAAACUUGGUGAUGCCUUUAAGAGCCAGUAACUUCCAUUACCACGAACUAAAGCCAAUAGUUUUUGUGGGCUCGCUGGAAUACCUGCGAAGAGAGUGGGAGACUUUACACAACUUCCCUAAGGUCUCCAUCUUACCUGGUACGCCAUUAAGUCGGGCAGAUUUAAGGGCUGUCAACAUCAACCUCUGCGACAUGUGCGUAAUACUGUCAGCCAAUCAGAACAAUAUCGAAGAUGCCUCACUGCAGGAUAAGGAAUGCAUCUUGGCAUCACUCAACAUCAAAUCUAUGCAGUUUGAUGACAGCAUUGGGGUCUUACAGGCUAAUUCCCAAGGUUUCACGCCUCCUGGAAUGGACCGGUCAUCUCCAGACAGCAGUCCAGUACAUGGCUUUGUGCGUCAGGCUUCCGUCACCACCGGAGCCAACAUCCCCAUCAUCACAGAACUAGUGAACGACUCCAACGUUCAGUUCCUGGACCAAGACGAUGAUGACGACCCAGACACGGAGCUGUACCUCACUCAGCCCUUUGCCUGCGGCACUGCCUUCGCUGUCAGUGUACUCGACUCCCUGAUGAGCGCGACAUACUUCAAUGAUAACAUCCUCACACUGAUUCGGACGCUGGUCACAGGGGGUGCCACACCAGAGCUGGAGGCCCUGUUGGCUGAGGAGAACGCUCUCAGAGGAGGAUACAGCACACCGCAGACACUGGCCAACAGAGACAGGUGUCGCGUUGCCCAGCUAGCCCUCUACGACGGGCCUUUUGCAGACUUGGGGGAUGGCGGCUGCUAUGGGGACUUAUUCUGUAAAGCGCUGAAGACGUACAACAUGCUGUGCUUUGGAAUCUACAGAUUAAGAGACGCUCACAUCAAUGGACCGAGCCCGUGCACAAAACGAUAUGUGAUCACGAACCCACCGUAUGAGUUUGAGCUGGUGCCCUCAGACCUGAUCUUCUGCCUGAUGCAGUUCGACCACAACGCAGGCCAGUCCCGAACAAACUUGUCCCACUCUUCCCACUCCUCCCAUUCCUCCAGCAAAAAGAGCUCCUCCGUCCACUCCAUCCCGGCCUCCAACCGGCAGAACCGCAGCAGUAAGACCAGGGAGCCCCGCGACAAACAGAAAAAAGAAAUGGUUUACAGAUGAACCAGAAAAUGCAUACCCACGGAACAUUCAGAUCAAGCCCAUGAGCACUCACAUGGCCAACCAAGUCAACCAAUACAAAUCCACUAGUAGUCUGAUUCCACCGAUCAGAGAAGUUGAAGAUGAAUGCUGAACACAGGGUUUUCUUGCUGACCCACCAGACAUCUGUACGCUCUUUCAAAGGAGAUAGAAGAUCACCCAUGGAGGAUUGAUGGUGAUGAUGAUGAUGAUGGUGACAGGGAUGUUGAAGACUGACACAUUUCUCUUCACUCAUUGUUAAAAUCAGGGGUUGGACAGAAACCCAAACCGGAAAGGGACCUCCUAUGUGUAUACCUUUUAAUGUUACUUCCAUGAUCUUGGACUUUGUUUUAUUUAUUAAUGUAUCCAUAGUGAUGUACAUAAUGACAAUCAAAUAAGGAUUGUACAGCCCCUUCCCCCUAGCACUUUUUGGAAUUAUUUUAAGAGUUGACAAAAAAAAGAGAGUACUUCCUGUAAUUCUUUGCAAUAGUUCACCUCUUCGUGUGACCAGACUCCAUUGCUAAGGUGACUGGUUCUUGGAGGAUGAGGGUUGCGGCGAUAAACUGAUCAUAUCAUCUCCCAAAGAUCCGCCCAGAUGCAUUACGUCUAACCAGCUGGGUUCACCGACUUCAUGUCUCCUGUCUGCUUCUGUUCUAUUUGCACUAAAACUGAACAAGUUUCUUUUGUCGGAACAACUGGAACCACCAGAUUCCCCCUCAAUAAAAUGUCGCUGAGGAGAUGACGGAAGGAAAGAAGAGGGAGGAGGGCUGCUUGGCUUUCAAGGCAUACUAAUCUUCUUAGGUUGUUAUACAUCAUGUCAUUGCUUAAGGUUUGCUACUUCACCGUUGACUUGUCAUGUUAAGUGAGAGCAUUCCAGUCCUGCAGAAGAAAACCGUCUUGCAAAACAGUAGUCUAAAAACUCGAAGUGCGGUGUUGGUGUGUGCCGACUAAGGAGAACCCUGUACCUAAAUGUCUUCUGCUGAUAUGUCCGAUCAUGAAGCCUGUGACUCUGUUUUAAGCUCCUAUCGCAUGAUAUGUGCCUGAGCCCCCUCUAUAACGGAUACAGUGCAGUUGAUCAACCUGAAAACAUGGGAAGGAUUUGAAACAACCUACCCUUAGCUUCAUGCGUUCAGAAGCAUUUACAUUAUAUGCACGCUGUGUGUGAGUGUGUGUGUGUGUGCGUGUGUGUGUGUGUGUGUGUGUGUGUGUGUGUGUGUGUCUGCGCGUGUGCAUCACAGCCACUCGUCGUGAUCAUCUGUUCCAUCGCUUUGUAUGUGUUGGUGCACCUUUUAGAGGAGCAGCAUGUGGGAUCUUUGCUCUAAAAUGAAAGUCAUGGUAGAAAAACAAACAGUAGAGAGUCAGAUGGGUUUGGAUCUAAAACUAAAAUGAUAUUGUUGCAUCAAAAACAAACCAAAUUCCCCAACUAUCCUUGAGCUAACGCGGACAGCAGCUGCGUGCCCACCGUUAACGCUUUGCCGUGAAAACUGCGGCAGAAUUUGGGAUCACAAAGAAGAGUGGUGUAUUUUCUGAAUGUUAUGUCUGUUACAAAAAGUCAAUGUCUGAGGAAGGAAAUGCCACAUCGCAUACAGUGGGCAUCAAUGGGUCCUCCUUUGAUCAAUGCUGCCUGGCACAGGGUUGGCACAGAGGCAGUAAAGAGCUUGGAUGUUCUCUGUAGCCAAUCCAGAUGUCACACGCCUCAAAACUCCCAGGAGUUUAGCUGCUAUGUCCGUUCCUCUAACAUGGGGAAAUGCUCAAAAAUAGUUGGGGUGAAAUGCAACAAUACCACAGACUGCCAAUAAGGAUACUGACGAGGAACCAGUGUUCUUUAUGCUAGCCUGUGACAACAUGAGCGUGCAUUUUGCACUUGUUUAGGCCCUACGGAUCCAAACCCAGAUGUGAUAGAGAUGGAGGAUGGAGGCUUGAGCCUUGUACUCCUGAUACAUAAAUGUCAUGCAAAUAUGUAGGUGGACUUAUACAUUUAAACAUUAUUUUGUAUCCAUAAACAUAAUCGAUUUAUACUUAUUUUUCUAUAGAAUAACCAUGUAAGAGUACUAUGGGAGAGAAAAAAAGACUCAAAUAAUAUCUUUAUUACAAUUACAUAUCAAAGAAUGUUGUGUUUGACUAUAUCACCAUUUUUUCACAUCAUACUAAAACAAAAUGUUUAUUUUAUCGUCCUGCCCCUCGAUAACAAACUGCAUCACUCUGGAGCCAAUAAAGCUUAGACUAGCUUGCAUUGUGAAACCACCAUCUUCAGCCUGGCAGCUCAGCUCUGUUGAGUCCUUGCAGACAUAGAUUAAGUCUCAUCUGGAACCUCUUUUAGUCGCAACAGAUGAGUCGUAUCUACAAAAUAAUGUGUCUGAUACUAGGCAUCCCUUGCUGCGAACACGCAGAAAGAAAGAAAAAGGUGAAAAGUAAUGAUGUGUUGGGGGGUAAAUGUUGUAGUGUAGCUGAAGAGCAGAUCAGAGUGGUAAUAAUAACAAGAAGAUAAUAGAUAAUAGCUCCCUCUGUGCGCAGGCCAGAACUGAAUGACCUUCAUUGUUUGACCUAAAUUAGGUCCCUCGUGAUGAGGAAGAGUGUUCACUAAAGCACAGUGUGUUUUCCACAAAAUAUCAUUUUAAAUAUGACAGUGAGAAGCUGUCUGUUUAAUGUGGUGAUUCUCCUCUAGAUGCUGUAAAGUUAAAGUAAAUCUAAAAAAACAUUUGGAAAAAGAACAUAAUAUUGUGCUAAAUAUGUUUGUGUAAAUUGAAUUCACCCAUUAUAUAAACCACAUUUAUUUUUCAAACAAAAAUGAUCUGAGCUUCAAUAUCCGUCUUUUGGGUGUGGUGCAACUAUACUGAAGCCUCAUACACAUCGUCCUAAAGUGAACUUUUGAACUGUGAUUACAUCGUUGUCACACUUUGUAGCAUAUAGAUUUCUUUUCAAAAGAUAUGUGAGUAAAAUGUAUGUUUAAUUGGGUUCUUAAUGGCAUAAUUGCUAGCCUGAACAGUAAGGAACUAUUAACAUUUGAUAAUGGCAAUGACUUAUACAUAGAAUCGACAAACUGAUUGUUAUGUUAACAAAAAAAGACAAAUGUGUAUUUUGAAAAUGAAAGAUCCUGGAUUUUUCUGGGAAAGUACUCUAGUAGGAAACAUAUAAAUUUGAUCUGAUUAAUCAGCCAUCACUAAGACGUAAGGUAGCACCAAUUCAGCAGAGGUUUUAAAAGAGAGAGCAUCCUUAAUUUUCUUAGUUUUUAUUACUUUGCAUUUUUAAAGGGUUUACAUUCCAUUUUUUCAGCAUGUCAUCUGUCACAACUGCUUCUUUUUUGUUUACAGAGUAUUUUAUGAGUUACUUAAACAUAGCAUUGUUCAGAAAUAAAACAGUACAUGCUGCAAACUGGCAUUAACAAGAAACUCACAAAGUAAUGCACCAUUUGUUUUCAUAACACUUGAUUACUGUGCUUUUUCUACCUGAACCAUCAUCGUGCGACUCAUUCAGACUGGCAUUAUUCAUAACACUGGACUGAGAUGUCUCUCCUUCCUAAACCUUGUCAUAUGUCUAGAUGUUUUAGGUUUUUUGCAUUGUAUGUAUACCUCUAAAGUUUUUUAGAGUGUUUUUUGAAGUGCCAUGAAGAGUUUAGUUUAGCAAGCAUCCUUCAGUCAUUCAGGGACAAAAGCUCACUCUGAGGGAGCUGAGUCCAAGUGUUUUCCACUGUGAGAACGGUCUCUUAUACUGGCAUGGAGAACAUCCAAGCCAUCAAUGCCUCCAUGCCAGUAUAGUGCCAGGCAGCGCAAAAGGUCAUGAGGAGGGCCCAUUUAAAGUCCCACUAUAGCGAAAAGUGGCAUUCAGGAAGCCCGAGAGGCAGCUGGGGCGCACAGAUAGCAGCCCCAGUUGUCAAACCACACAUAUUGUCUCCACUGUGUGCUGGUUUUAUCAGGUUGUGUUAUGUAGUGUAGUUAGAUAUGGAUGACUGAAAGAUGCACAUAGGGGCACAUGCCUGUAACAUCACAUGUGUUGUGUCCACUGAACAAAUCAAAGACUAUGAUGCGUCAUACGUUACUGUUACAGUAUGUUGCAUUAUUUUUGUUAAUCUAUUUUUUGCUGUAAAGGAUGGAUAUAAUAACUUAUUUGCUGGGAAUUGUACUAGAUAUAAUAGAACAUAUACUACUUAUUGGGAUGGGACGUGGGUCUCAAGUCUUAACAAUACAUUAAAAUUGCAUUCAGCAAUUUUUUUGUUGUUUUUUUUAAAGAAAAGUUGCAAUUUUUGUUUAUUUUUUUGGUUGCCUAUCAGUUCAGGAAAAAAAUUCAGGACAUUGCUUUUGCGUAAAUACACAGAUCAUCAUCGCAGCAAAUAGGAGUUUGACAUAGCAGUCUAAUUAGUUUGGAUGUGUUCUGAAUAUGACGGAUAAAAGGAUUAUUUGAUGGUGCUGAGUUGAUCUACCUGACUCUGUCAAAUAUCAUCUGCUGAUAAAUAUACUGUCGUGUACAAAAAGUUUGUACAUAGAUUGUACAUGGUUUCUUUUUGUAUUUUCUCAAAUUAAAAUGGAUGUAUUUGUGUUCUAA